GGAGCUCCGCGGCCCCGGAGCCGCCAUGUUGCGGCUGCGCCUGGCCGCCGCCGCCUGGUGCUCCGCGCCCCGCCGGCCCCUCUCCGUGUCCCCGCAGGGGCUGGCGGCGGGCUCGGCCCUGAAGACGCCCAAGGGCACCCGCGACCACCCCCCCGCGCAGGUGGCGCUCCGCGACCGGCUCGUCGGCACCGUCGUGGCCUGCUUCAAGCGGCACGGGGCGGCCGCCAUCGACACCCCCGUGCUGGAGCUGCGGGAAACGCUGAUGGGGAAGUACGGCGACAACUCAAAGCUCAUCUAUGAGCUGCAGGAUCAAGGUGGAGAGCUGCUGGCCCUGCGCUACGACUUGACUGUGCCCUUUGCUCGCUACUUGGCAAUGAACAAAAUCACCAACAUCAAGCGCUACCACGUCGCUAAGGUGUACAGGCGGGACAACCCGGCCACGACCAGGGGCCGCUACAGGGAGUUCUACCAGUGCGAUUUUGACAUCGCUGGCCAGUUUGACCCUAUGCUUCCUGAUGCUGAGUGCCUGAAGAUAGUGCACGAGAUCCUGAGUGACCUGCAGCUUGGGGACUUUCUCAUUAAGGUCAAUGACAGACGAAUUUUGAAUGGUGUGUUGGCCGUUUGUGGCAUCCCGGAGAGCAAGUUCAUAACUACGUGCUCAACCAUAGACAAGCUGGACAAGGUGCCCUGGGAGUACGUAAAGAAUGAGAUGGUAGGAGAGAAGGGGCUCUCUCCCGAGGCUGCAGAUCGCAUUGGGGAGUACGUCCAGCUUCACGGUGGCCUGGACCUGAUCGAGCAGCUUCUCCAGGACCCGAAGCUGUCCCAGAACAAGCUGGCCAAGGAGGGCCUGGGGGACAUGAAGCUGCUGUUUGAGUACCUGACCCUGUUUGGCAUCACAGGGAAGAUCUCGUUUGACCUGAGCCUGGCGCGAGGCCUGGACUACUACACAGGGGUGAUCUUUGAGGCUGUCCUGCUGCAGCAGCAGAAUGACCACGUGGAAGAUCUGGUCAGCGUUGGGAGCGUGGCCGGAGGCGGUCGUUACGAUGGUCUGGUGGGGAUGUUUGAUCCCAAGGGACGGAAGGUGCCCUGUGUGGGGGUCAGCAUAGGGAUCGAGCGGAUCUUCUCCAUCCUAGAGCAGAGAGUGAAGGCUUCUGGGGAGAAAGUUCGAACGACUGAGACACAAGUGCUGGUGGCUACGCCUCAGAAACACUUACUCAGUGCAAGACUGAAGCUAAUCUCUGAGCUAUGGGAUGCAAGGAUCAAGGCAGAAAUGCUGUACAAGAAGGAUCCUACACUGCUGAAACAGCUGCAGUAUUGUGAGGACAUGGGGAUCCCUCUUGCUGCCAUUAUAGGAGAGCAGGAACUGUCAGAUGGAGUUGUCAAGCUGCGAGAUGUUGCAACAAGAGAGGAGGUUGAUAUCCCAAGAGAAGGGCUUGCCGAUGAGAUCCGAAGAAGGCUGGAGCCCUAGAAUCGUUCUGUCCAGCGCUGCUUGACCGAACUGCUGCACAGCUGGAAACCCCAGUGCCCGCUGCUUCCUGCCGAGGUCCGGCCACCCUCUGCCCACCUGCCAGGCUGAUGGCAGCGCUGCAGCGGGCUGUGCCCGGAGGGAGCACGCGAGUUCUCUGAAAUCACGGACGCUGCGGUGCCGUGGCUGACGGCCCCGAGGGGCAGGCCACGCGUGUGGUGGCAGCGGGGGCCCUGCCACGUCCCCACAGCGGGGAGACCCGGGGGGACCCUGCCCGAAGGCCCCGGGGACGUGCCCCGAGCACCGGCUGUGGCCGGCGGCCGGGCGAGCCGCACACGCUGGGGGCGCUG